AUGGGACCCCAGGAGCCCUUCCACAAGUUCCUCGACGCGUACCGCUACCAGCUGGCCAACUCGGAUCUCGCCAGGAGGAACUACGGGCACCAGGCGCUUGGAUACGCGGUCCGGACGCAGACGGAAGGGCGGGACGCCACAGUUAUGAAGCCGCCGCAGGUGGCUGCCGCCGAGUUUAGGUCGCUCGUGCAAGAGAGAGGCGACGACUACGACACCGCAGCCGUGCAAGCCGAAGCCGUCAAGCGAGCCAAAGCCGCCGCUCUCGACGACGAUGGCAAGGGGCCCACGUUCCCCUAUUCCAAGCCCAUCCUCGGCUACGCCCUGCAAUGCGUCUCCGAGCUCGGCAGCGAAGCGAGCUGCGUGGCCAACUGCGGUACGCCGCCGAGCACCUCCACCCGACCUGGCGGGCUCUUCUGCCCGCGCAACGACAUGGCCAUGGACGCCGACUGCGACUGGACGCGCGUGGCGCCUUCCUGCGGCAACGCUGCCGCCGGGUACGCGCGGCUCAACGUCGUCGACGGCCAGAAGAAGAUGUGGGAGGCACCGUGGACGCGGGACCGGGUCGGAGUACUGUGA